GUUUAGUCAAGCUACUUCCUUACUCUUUUUAUUAGUCGAGCUAUUUGUUCAUCUCUUUUCAAUUGCCCUACUUCUAACCUCUCUGUGGGUUAGUUAAUCAUUACUCAUCCCAUUGGUAAUUAAUUAAAACCCCAAUAUGAACCAUAUAACCUAAGAGAACACUAUUGUUUGAGAAUUUAUUAACUUGAAUUGAACGAAAAUGUAAGCAUUGACUUGCAUAUACUAUUGUGAAACUAAAAGGAAUCUCCAAAUACGCCCGACAGUAACAAACAAAAUAUACUAAUAAUUUAACUUUUGUUAAUUGUUUAUGUUCUCUGAUCAGAUUUUGAUCCGGGUAUAAGCCUCUAAUUAAAUGUGGUUGGACAUUUGAAAGUGUUCCUUUCAGAACAUCCGAUUAAGAUGUCAUUAUACAAUAAUCGACCAUGAGUGAUGUUUAAAAAAAGAAAUGAUAAUGAAAUGGAUCAAUUGCUACUCAAAGCAAAAUAGCCAUGAAACAAAAACACUUUGCAGCUUAGUUUUAUUAUUAGUGAUAAUUAGUCUUCCCUUUUAUUUACACGUAGUUCAAUGAUUUGCAUGUUGGACACUUGGGAUAAGUUUGAGCACAAUUGAAAACAGAUGUCACCACCCCAAAUUUGUCUUCCUUCUCCUCUGCCUCUCCUCAAGACAACCGGCAACCCCAUUAGCAAGCAGCCAAGCACCCUUAAAAUCCAAAGACCACAUUUCAACACCUUCUGGGGAAACUUUUUCCUCUGAGAUAAAUUCCCCAAAGGAGAAAACCCAUUUCAACACCUUCUCCCGCAAUCCUUCUCAGUUCUUCCCCUUUAAAUAACAAAGACAAAACCAAAUUGCUCAUAAAACAACCCUUUCAAAAGCAUCAAUAUCAUUUCAGAACACACUUAAUGUUGAAAUGAGCUAACAGUUACCUUGCUUGGUUUUUUUUUUUCUCGCAGAUGAGAGUGGAGAGAUGUUGGACAGCCCAACUUUGAGGUGCGACUUGGCGGAGGAACCGUCGUCCUUGGAUUCAAUUUCGCAGAGAGGAGGACCCAUCAUCCACGGCUUCACAGUCCGCCAGCGUCCAUUAAGCGGAUUCAGGGUCUUUGGUCGGCGUUCAUUCGGUGGGUUCAGGGAUUCGGGAGUUGGGAGAAAGGAGGGAAUCGGGAUGGGAAAUCUUUCGUCGCCGCUGUCUUCCCGUCGGCGUCCAUUCAGCGGGUUCAAGGAGGAGGGGGAGAGAAAAUCAGGCAUUUUUGCGUUCAGUGGGCAAGGACUUGGGACUAAGGAGAUGGGAGUUGGGCAAAGAGCUCUCGAGAGGAGAGAGGAGAGGGAAGCCAUUCAGUGAUUUCGGGAGGUGGGAGAAAGGAAUAAUGGGGAAACCCACCAAUUUUGUUUUUUAAGGGUUCGACUGAUCAUGUACAGCUGUGUGUUUGUGAGCUCAUGCAUCUUUCAACUUUAAACUUAGAUCAAAGGCCGAACUUGGCCUACCCAAGAUAAAUGCACAUGAGUUCAUGUGAAUUAGUCCGCAGGCAAUCACCCAGCCCUAUUAGUGAACAGACAGAACAGUGAAACGCGCUUUUUUCGUAAGGAACAGUAAUUUCGGUUUAUGGUAAGUUUUGUCUACUUGUGGUUUAAUAAUUCUAACUAAUAAUAGUUUGUACAGUUUGUGAAAGAAAGGCUCUACUACACUGAGCUAUUGCUAAUCUAAUUGUACAGCAAACGUGUAUUGACGAUAAACGAGUUGAGUGUGAAGCGAAACAGUGCAAAGAUGAAGAGAGACAUGGGUUGCUGCUAGAGUUGGGUUGUUAUUGUUCAUCCAAACUUCAUCUUCUUCACACGUCUCCUCAAACUGGCAUGCAACGAUUCAAUGCACCUAAACUUUUUGAUUAAGAACUGAAUCAUUCUCGUAGACGACCCCUUAGUGAAAAUGUUUGCUGAUUGAUAUUUUGCAAAUAUGUGCUAUAGAGUAAUAAACCAGACUUCAGUAUUUCAUGAGUAAUGCAGAGAUCUACUUCAGUAUUUCAUGAGUAAAAAGCAAUUGCAUCUGUGCUAUUUAUUGUCAACACAACUCUUUUACAAUCCACAUCACUUUAAUUUCAUUCAUUCACAUGCAUUAAUGCAAUUAACUUGCAAUUGCAUGUGGGCGUAAAUUAUUUUUUUUAUAGAAUAAAAGGUUUAUAUGUUCAUUAAUUUAUCCAUACAUAAAAUAAAAUAAAUAGAAAAAAUUAAAUAAAAGAGAAAAAUUGGAAAUGAAAUUGCAUUUUAUGAAAUUUGUAUUAAUGCAAUUGAGACUUAUAUCCAUGCAAUUGGAAAUGCAAUUGCAUUUCAAUUGACACAUCACUUUGCAAUUCAAUAUGAAAGCUUUAUGUGGAUGCUCUAACCCACGAAGAGAUAGCUUGGAUUACUUUGACACAAAACAAAACUAAAGGACUAAUAGAAUAAUUAACCAAAAUGAUAUAAUUUAAACUAAAAUGAACUUCUUCAAACUUCUGUCUUCCCGCCUUCUUGCUCGAGCAACACGAGUUCAAUGUUAGUGUGUGGUAUAUGAUCCACGAUUGAACCUCUCCCAACAACUCGAGUUAUUGGGAUCAACUGGUUUAUGACAUGGUAUCCGAGUCUUUUGUUAUCGUGAGUUCUUCUGUUCGAUUCCCGGUGACCCCAUUUGUUUAUGUUAAGCAUACGGUGUCAGGACUUGUGCUUGUUCAAACUCCAAACCUAUCUGAAUGGUUUGAGUUUGAAGGGGGGUGUUAGUAAAUGGUAUAUGAUCCAAGAUUGAACCUCUCCCAACAACUCGAGUUAUUGGGAUCAAUUGGUUUAUGACAUGCUGUCAGAGCUGGUUUGGCCAAGUGGUCGUGUGUUCGAAUCUCUACAACCCCCAAUAUUAACAGUUGAUUAAAGCACAAGGUAUGGUGGACCUGUGCAAACUUCAAGCCCUUGUGAGUGACUUUUGUUUGAGGGGGCCUGUUAGUGUAUGGUAUGACAUGCGAGGACUGUGUAGCUGGGAGAAUGAGGGCUCAUGGUGGCAGCCGACGAGGCAAGAAGGAAACUUAGGUUUUCGGACUAGGUUUUUGAAUCAGACUCUGAUACCAUGUUGGUAAAUCAGAAUACGGUGGAAAACUAUUGUGUUAGUUUUCCCAACAUUCAAAUCUUGUCCACCAAGUUACCAAACAAUCCCUUUGUCCUUCCUAUGAAAACCCUAAAUACUUCACGUGAAAAGGCAUUUGCUUCAUCCCUAUUGCCUACAAUCCCUGAAAAUUCCUCCCUUCGUGUACCAUAAACAUUUUUGUGCCCGUACAACCAAUUUUUUCACAUGGAACAUGAAAGCCUUUUCCGUUUAUUAACUAAUAACGUUCAUUCCUUUUGCUAAAUUUGGGGUUUGGUUUUUAUUUCAGGCAUAAAUAAAAGAAAGCAGCCCAUCAACUAAUCAGAAAGAAAAAAAAAAACGAUGGCACGCACUAAUGAUUGGCUGCCGUCGACGCGCUCGAUCGGGAGUGGAAACCCACGCUCCUCUCCGCUCGCCUUGCCUGCUGCUUGAGCUGAAGUUUGCUUAUUUACAUUCCCCGAGAGCACGUGUCAACGCGUCAGGCAGAGCUGGUCACACAUCCACGUGGCAAGUUCCUACAGGUAAAAAAUCAUUGAAUCCCAGCCGUCCGCUGCUUCCGCCGGGAGGCCGACUUUGUCACUGUAUGACCGUUCGUGGAAGUUAACACAGCGAGGGGGAGAAGGAGAAGAAGGAGAAGAAGAAAUUAUUAAGGAAAGAAAACCAAAGUCUUUUUUAUUUGUUUUGUUUUUAUACAUUCAGCUUUAGAUAGAGAGAGAAUGGAAGAAACCCCACAAUAACACACACAGACAACUCUUCAUUCCUGUAGAGAGAGAGAGAGAGAGAGAGGGAGAGGGAAGCUCUCCCUUUUAGUCCUUGGGGCAUCACAAGGUAUUGCGGCCUACCCAUAUGGAUUCUUGUUGGAAAAAUCGAAUCUUUCCACCCUUUUUUUCUUAGUUCCCCUUGUUGGAAUUUCAUCUUCUUCUACUGUUGUUGUUGAUCUCGGUUCUGUUUCCCUUUUCUUCUUUCCCCUUGAAAGCUUUCUAUUACGGCUCCCUGUUUCCCGGUUUCAUGGUUGAAACUGUAUAACUGUCAUUUCAGCAGCCCUUUGGUUGUCUAGGGUUUAUUAGAUUAUGGGGCUUUGGAGGGGAUUAGGCUUUCUUUCUGGGUUCUGGAGGGCUGUGUGGUUCUUGGUUGUAAUUGGGCUGUCUUUCCUCGAGUCUUCUAAUUGUGUGGCUCUGAAUUUGACAACCUGGGAACUGUUGACUUCUGUUCCUUUUUCUGUUCAUUUGAGGAGCUGGGAGUGGGUUUUCUGUUUUUGGGUUAACGAUUGGCUUACAUAUGAAUCUUCUCUUCCUCUCUCUAUCUCUCUUCGGGUGGCUCUUUCUUGUGUAUUUCUUGAAAAAAACUUAAUUUCGAUCUUGUUCUGGUAAAAUGGUAAUUGUCUUCAAAGAUCAUUCUAUAAUGUUCUUCUGUAGAGAAAUAGGAAUCUUCAUUGCCUAUCUGUUUGUUCUUGUGAAUUCAUUGUAUUUCACAGGGAAAGAGUACAUGUUGACCGAGUUCUGUAACUGCUGUCUGCUCAAUUUUAGCCCUUUUCAUGCAAGAGAUAGUCUUUCUGAGUUGGUUGACUUUGUAAUUAGCUGGACAAUUGGAGGCCUAAUUGUGUUUUCAUUUUACAUUAAAUCUCUGUUCGUUUCUGCUACAAAGAUUAUCAUUACACAGUUCCUUGUUUGGCAUGUUAACAAAGUGGACCUGGUUGUAUCAUAUGCUCUUUUUAUUUUACUUGUUAUAUUUGGAGUCUACUUGAUUUCUUGAUGAUCUUGUAAAUUAAAAAUCCUUGAUAUAC